AUGAACUCAGAAACAAAAGGAUCAAUAGCUACUCCCUUGUCAAAAUAUAAAUUAGUAUUUUUAGGAGAUUAGGGUGUAGGAAAGACAUCAAUUAUUAACAGAUUUAUGUUUGACACAUUUGAUGGAAAAGAUCACCCUACAGUUGGUAUUGAUUUUAUCUCCAAGACCCUCUAUUAUGAAGAUAGAACUAUAAGAUUACAACUAUGGGAUACAGCUGGAUAAGAAAGAUUUAGAAGUUUAAUUCCUUCAUAUAUUAGAGAUAGCGCUGUUGCAGUUGUCUGUUACGAUAUUACAAACAAAGUUUCAUUCGAUAAUGUUGCCAAAUGGAUAGAAGAUGUUAGGGCAGAAAGAGGACACGAUGUCAUUAUUUGCUUAGUUGGUAGUAAAAAUGAUUUAGUUGACAAAAGGGUAGUAUAAACAACAGAUGGUUAAGUUAAAGCAAAAGAAUUAGAUGUCAAAUUUUUUGAAGUUAGUGCUCUCACUGGUUAAAAUGUAUAAUAACUAUUUAGAUCUAUUGCUAAUAUGCUUCCAGGAGCAGAAGUUAGCUAGCUUGCUCAGCUUUAAGGAGGAAUGAACAAAAACGUAAAUAAUAACUAAGAAGAAACAAAAUAAAAUUUUCAACUGGACUAAAACCAAACAGAAGAGCAAAAUAAAGAAAAAAAAGAAAAAAAAUAAGGCGGCUGCUGUUGA